UUGUCAAACGGGAGGCACUGGCUGGGAAGGAAGUGGCCCUCUACCUUCAGAUUGGCAGGCUCCUCUAGAAGCCAUCAGAAGGCAUGAAAAAUCCCAAGAGCUCACCUCAGAAUCACCAGUUCAACCAGCCCUGGCCGCUCCCAAGCCUUGAGUCACAGAGAGCUGGGAGCCGCUCCACUCACAGCAGCAUCGUAGAGCUCCUGCAGGAUUAAGUUUACCUCAAAGAUGGGUGAAUAUAGGGUGGAUAAUUUCAAUAUUGAAGAUUACUUCAGUGGAGAUGUCGGAAUGUACAAUUAUAGCUCUGGCAUGCCCUCUAUUCUGCCAGAUGCUGCCCCAUGCCACCCAAACAACCUAGAGGUCAACAGAUAUGCUGUGGUUACAAUAUACAUCCUGGUGACUCUGCUGAGCCUUGUGGGAAACUCCUUGGUGAUGCUAGUCAUCUUAUACAACCGGAGCACCUGCUCUGUCACCGAUGUCUACCUGCUGAACCUAGCCAUUGCUGACCUGUCCUUUGCCCUGACCUUGCCUGUUUGGGCUGCAUCUAAAAUAAAGGGAUGGAUUUUUGGCUCAAUCCUGUGCAAGAUAUUCUCAUACCUGAAGGAAGUUACUUUCUACAGCAGUGCUCUGCUGCUAGCCUGCAUCAGCAUAGACCGCUACCUGGCCAUUGUCCAUGCCACAAGUACACUGAUCCAGAAGAGACACUUGGUCAAGUUUGUGUGCAUAACCAUGUGGUUACUAUCACUAAUUCUGGCCCUGCCCAUCUCAAUUCUACGGAACACUGUGAAGGCAAACCCUUCUACCCUCGUCUGCUAUGAGGAUGUAGGUAACAGUACGUCCAAGUUGAGGGUGGAACUGCGCAUCCUGCCCCAAACCUUUGGCUUCCUCCUGCCCCUGCUCAUCAUGCUGUUCUGCUACGGGUUCACACUGCGCACGCUCUUUAAGGCUCACAUGGGGCAGAAGCACCGGGCCAUGCGGGUCAUCUUUGCUGUCGUCCUGGUCUUCCUGCUCUGCUGGCUGCCCCACAACCUGGUCCUGUUCACAGACACCCUCAUGAGAACCAAGCAGAUCAAGGAGACCUGUGAGCGCCGCGAUGACAUCGACAGGGCCCUGGAUGCUACUGAGAUUCUUGGCUUCCUCCACAGCUGCCUUAACCCCAUCAUCUAUGCCUUUAUUGGCCAGAAAUUUCGCCAUGGACUUCUCAAGAUCAUGGCUACUUAUGGCCUUGUCAGCAAGGAGUUCUUAGCCAAGGAGGGCAGCAGGCCUUCUUUUGUUGGUUCGUCUUCAGCGAACACCUCCACUACCGUCUAAGACUGUUCACCUAACUGUGGCCCCUCAGGGUUCCUUCUUGUCCUGCAGCAUGGUUCAUUACCAGAGACUGUGGUGUUUGAAUUGAUGCAGGCUCUCCUCUGCAGUUACAGGGAGGCCACAUUCUUACCAGAGCCCCCAUCACAGAGUUUAGAACCCCUACGCUGGCUGUCCUCUCCCUUCCAUAGUGGUAUGCCCACUCCAUCCUAGUUCUAGACCCCAAACACUCUUUUCUAAGGAGCACGCUUUAAAAUUACAGUAAGAUAUACUGCCUCCUACCCAUCAGAACAGUUAGCAGUAAAAGGAAGAGGUGGAGGAGAGAAAAUAUCAAGUGUCAUUGAGCCGGGCAGUGUUGGCACAUGCCUUUAAUUCUAGCACUUGGGAGGCAGAGGCAGGGGGAUCUCUCAGUUUGAGGCCAGCCUGGCCUACAGAGUGACUAGGACAGCCAAGGCUAUACAGAGAAAUCCUGUCUCAAAAAAAAAAAAAAUUAAAAUCCCAUUUUAAAAAAGAAAAGAAUCAUCAAGGAAGUAGAAAAAGGGAACUUUUCAUCCUUGCUGGUAGACAUGUGCAGUGGGAUAUAGCAUAGCAGUUUUCCAUAAAACAUUAAAUACAGAAUUGCCACAUAAUCCAGCAAGUCUAUCUCUAAGUCAGGUACCCAAAAGAAUUGGAAGCCAGGCCUCAGAAACUUAAUGCCAAUGCUCGAAACAGCAUUAUUCAUAAGUCAAAACAACUAAAACGAUGGCCAACAGAUGACUGGGUAAGUUAAACAAGGCGUCUAUGCACAACGGAAGAGCAUCCCACAAUGAGAAGUGCCAAGAAUGUUCCAGUAGCGACGCCCGGAGGCUGGGUGGGGAAGGGUGAGGAGUAGGGAAGGCACCACUCCAGGUAGGGAUGAUGGAAAAGCCCUGAAGGUGAACCCUGCUCCCUGGGUAGCAGUGUGAAAGUACUCAUUGCCAUUGCAUUAAAGGUGUUAAAAGC